AUGGGCGAGAACGAGGGUGAUAACGAAGGCGAGAAUGAAGGCGGGAACGACGGCGGGAACGAAGGCGAGAACAAUGGCGGGGACGAAGGCGGGAACGAGGGCGGGUACGAGGGCGAAAACGAGGGCGGGAACGAAGGCGGGAACGAGGGCGGGAGCGAACGAGAGAACGAGGGCGAGAACGAAGGCGGGAACGAGGGUGGAAACGAGAGCGAGGGCGAGGGCGGGAACAAGGGCGAGAACAAAGGCGGGAGCGACGGCGGGGACGAGGGCGGGAGCGACAGCGGGCGCGAAGGCGAAAACGAGGGCGGGAACGAAGGCGAGAACGAGAGCGGGAACGAGGGCGGGAACGAGGGCGAAAACGAGGGCGAGAACGAGGGCGAAAACGAGAGCGGGAACGAGGGCGAAAACGAAGGCGAGAACGAGGGCGAGAACGAGGGCGGGAAAGAGGGCGGGAGCGAGGGCGGGAACGAGGGCGGGAGGGAGGGCGGGAAUGAGGGCGGGGAGCCGCCUCUGGGCGCCUCCGGGGCGGCCGGACGGCCCCGGAACGAGGGCGAAAACGAUGGCGAGAACGAGGCUGGAAACGAGGGCGGGGACGAGGGCGAGAACGAGGGCGGGAACGGAGGCGAGAACGGGGGCGAGAACGGGGGCGAAAACGACGGCGGGAACGAGGGCGGGAACGAGGGCGGGAACGAGGGCGGGAACGAGGGCGGGAACGAGGGCGGGAACGAAGGCGGGGACGAGGGCGAGAACGAGGGCGAGAACGGGGGCGAGAACGACGGCGAGGACGAGGGCGAGAACGGGGGCGGGAACGAAGGCGGGAACGAGGGCGGGAACGAGGGCGGGAACGAAGGCGGGGACGAGGGCGAGAACGGGGUCGAAAACGGGGGCGAAAACGACGGCGGAAACGAGGGCGGGGACGAGGGCGGGAAGGAGGGCGGGAACGAGGGCGGGAACGAGGGCGGGAACGAAGGGGGGGACGAGGGCGAAAACGGGGGCGAGAACGGGGGCGAAAACGACGGCGGAAACGAGGGCGGGAACGAGGGCGGGAACGAGGGCGGGAACGAGGGCGGCAACGAGGGCGGGAACGAAGGCGGGGACGAAGGCGGGGACGAGGGCGAAAACGAGGGCGGGAGCGACGGCUGGAACGAGGGCGGGAACGACGGCGGAAACGAACGAUAA